AUGAUUAGUGACAACCAGUCUGAAAUUAAGUAUCACUCCGGAAAAGCCAAUGUGGUAGCAAAUGCCUUUAGUUGUAAGACUCAGGCCGACCUGCCAUAUCUUUUGGCAGGAAUGUGGGAACUACUGAUUGGUAAGCUGCUAAGAGAUGCUAUGUUAUUCGUGGUGCAAGAGAUUGUACCAUUAACUAAGGAGGAAAAUAUUAAAGAACAGGGCAAGGAUGAUAAAUUGGAAAGGCUUCAACAGAGAAUUCUAAGAUCUGAAGGGCUGGAGCAUUUUUCAAUUAGUAAAGAUGGAAUGUUGUGUUACAAGGAGAGGAAAGUGAUUCCUAGUGUUUCGAAAUUAAAAGAGGAGAUUUUGAAGGAAGCCCAUUGCACACGUUAUGCUACUCAUCUUGGUAGCACCAAAAUUUAUCGGGAUUUGAAGGGUCAGUUUUGA